UUCCAGUGAAAUGCCGCAGCAGUAGGCGCCACUGCCGUGAUUCUUGUCAUACAGUUCGUAACCACGGUUGGCGGUCUUGCGUCAGCAUCCAGAAUGGUCUGGUCAUUUUCUAGGGAUCACGGUCUUCCCGGCUGGGCAGUUUUGAGUCAGGUAUGUCCGGGGCAUGGUAUAUCUGCGCGAUGAAUGCUGAUAUCGAUCACAUAGGUCGAUUCACGAAGUACAAUUCCGCUUGCAGCAAUCGCUCUUGUUACCACGGCUAGAUGUCUACUAUCCUUAAUCAACGUUGGCCCCUGCAGGGUGAACCGUUCGUUUUGGGGCCCAGAAGCAAAUGGAUGGCCUUCUACUUCUGGCCACACAAGUCAUAGUGUGGUUAAAAAUCAUGCAGCAGUAUAAUAUUUACCGGCAAUCUAUUGUUUAGACCUCAUCGGCAAAUUAGCAGGCGGGAAUCAAAAGGUCACAAUGACUGUCGAAAGGCCGCUU